CUUCCCUUUCCUUUGUUUUCUCUAGAAUACUUCUCGUUCGUCCCUUUGCCCCCUUUUUUAUACGGUGUUGCACUGAGUGCAUUUGAGCCGUUGGGUCUUCAAGUUGUUCGGUUAUAUUUUAAUAGCAUUCAACUUUCAGUCGCGCAUUUAUAAUGUCGGGUGUUCGAAAUUCUCUUGCUGGGCAUGACGUACCGGAAACCAUACCUUCUACAGAUCUUGAACGAGCUCGGCAUGUACGGCUUGCUCUCGAGAGUUUGGAUCCUCCCCGGGACCAUCAAGAGAGCCACAGUCAGAGUCCCGCACCCUGCCCCAGCCUUCCUUCUACAUCUUCAAAAAAAAUUAUUCGACACAAGAAAAAAUAUCGGCCUCCUGCUCUGAUAUUGGAUCCGCAGCAUCUCGCGCUGCAAUACCCGGUGGAUCCUACCGUUAAGGAGCUGGGAAGCCGACAUACCAAGUCCCAACGAAGUCUGCCCACUAUACAGACCGUAUCUCUUCCGGUACCCACUCACUCAUACCACUCUUCUAUCACUUUCAACUUUCCAAAUUCCUCUCCCACUUUCACGGUAGAAAGUUCGUCUCCUACAACCACGCCAUCUGCUUCAAACUUUUUGACCGUACCUUCUGCGCAUUCACCCAUGUCACCAUCAACACCCUUGUCACCAUUGACACCCCCACCACUGUCUCCUUCAACAAUGAAGCGGAGGCGUUUCUCAAGGCUGUGCCGCAAGUUUGGUGAAUCUCCGCCCCCUGAGCUCGUCUUUGGCGGGCAUCCUGUGUCUGUGGGUGUAGGGCCCAGGAACGCUGCUUGUUUCGUUCCUAUCAUGGAGGAGAGCCAAGAGUCCCCAUUGUCAUAUGAUCUGGACACCUCUAGCACCAGUACUUUGGGAACGAGCUCGAGUGAGGAUUUUCACCGACCCUCGUCUGUUGACGCCGAGAAACGGUAUCACAUCUCGAGGCAGUAUGGUACGGCUUGUAUACUGGAGAAGAAGGGACGGCGGAUUACGCAACGGAAUUAUGAUGAUAUUUUGAAGCGUUUGAGGAUGCUCUGAUCAAAGGAUCGAG